CUGGUGCCUGCCUGCCUGGACGCACAGUUACCCCUAAAUCCAGGGCCAAAUCCAACAGGACGUCCCCUCUCUGACGUGCAGCGGGGGUGCCGCAUGAGGCAGGGGUCUUACAGCAGGCGCUACUUUAAAAGCCCCCUGUGAAGAUGCUCACCAUCCACUGAGCAAGACGGUCUCACUGGUGUGUAUCUGGUGCGCAAGUUUUCCAGCAGCCCUCGGCUCUGAUUUGAAAUUUUACAACUUUACCAAACACAAGAACAGCGAUACAUUUGAAAAGAAGUUGGAGCGUGUGUACUUUUGACCAUCUCUUUGGACUUCACCGACCAAUGUGGCUUCUUGGAUCAACUUCCCAAGUGAUGAUGAUGAUGGAUGAGCGCCUGUCUCCCUCCGCACGCUCCGCCCAGAGCCCGGGGGACAACCCGGCUACCAUCCACAGCAUAGAGGCGAUACUGGGAUUUAAAGAGGACACCAUCUUCCACAAGUCAGCCUCCUACAGCAUGACAGAAAAAGUCCUGGUGAAAGAUGCUGAGCGGAAUGUAAUUGUGACCCCAAUGAAGAAAAGUCAUUCCUCAGAAAGUUUUGACAGUGUGUGUUGCGCCAGCAGCACCGCUGAAGCCUCGGUCUGCCCGGACUCACCGGACAGAGACGGCAAACUGUCCGAUGAUGAAAGCCCCAAGAAGAAACACCGUCGGAACCGGACAACAUUCACCACCUUCCAGCUUCACGAACUGGAGAGAGCUUUCGAAAAGUCCCAUUACCCGGAUGUGUACAGCAGGGAGGAGCUCGCGCUGAAGGUCAACCUGCCGGAGGUCCGAGUGCAGGUUUGGUUCCAAAACCGGCGGGCCAAGUGGCGUCGGCAGGAGAAGCUGGAGGUUAGCUCCAUCAAGCUCCAGGACACCUCCUCCUCCUCCUUGCUCUCCUUCAGCCGCUCUCCCACCAGCUCCCUGGGCUCCAGUCUGCAGCUGGACCCCUGGCUCUCCACCCCAAUCACCACCUCCACCUCCCUGCAGUCCCUCCCGGGCUUCAUCACGGGCUCACAGGGCCUCCCGGGCACUUACACCCCUUCUCCUCCCCCUUCCAUGCCCUCCUCCUUGCCGCCCUCCUUCCUCAACUCCCCGGCCCUGGGACACCACCCUCACCUGCCCCACAUGGGCUCUAUGUGUCCCCCACCACCGGCGUACCAGUGCUCAGCUGAUCCAAGGAACUCCAGUAUUGCCUCACUGAGGAUGAAGGCCAAGGAACAUAUUCAGUCUAUUGGGAAGACGUGGUGAUGCAUGGACAUCGAAACCCAGAACACAUCAUGCUGCAUCUUUUGAAAAACUGACUUCAUCCUCAUGCUGAUGGGAUUUGUUACUUUGGAAGUUUUAAAGAGCGAAAUCUACAGUUGGCAUCCAGGAUUAGAGACAUCCUCGUCACCUAUAAGGGUAACACUUUCCUUUAACUCCCCUUAUUUAGUAUUCAUAAGCAAUAGAUAAACAUUUCAUAAAUGGUUUAUAACACACUAUAAAGAAGUUGUAAGUAGUUAUAAUUGUUUAUUAAUGUAUUUGUCAACAACUAUAACUCCUCCUGUGGGCACCCAAUAGUGGAAGCAGCUGUAUAGACAGAUAAUGAAUGACAAUAUGAUAAAAUAAUAAUAUAAAAUAUGCCUUCAUAGGAGAAGUUGUUGACAAAUACCGUACAUUAAUAAACACUUAAAUAUGUCCUUAUAGCUGUGUAUAACUACAGUCUAAUGUGUUAUAACCCAUUUAUUAAAUGAAUACUGAUUAUACUGCUUAUAAAUACUAAAUAAUAAAUAGUAAAGUAUUACCCAUAUAAGCAACUAUCUGAAAAUCUGUGACGCUAACUGUGAAGUUCCUGUAAGAAUAUGAAACUAAUGAACACUGUUUAUCUGGUGUUUUUCUUCUCCUUUAUCUUCUCUGCAGGCUGUGUUUACUGUUUUAAAUUCAUUUAGCCCAGUCUUGUUCUUAUCCAGUGUUACGUUGCCAAUAUAAGUCUAUUAGUAGCCAUCUGUAUUUAUUCUACUUUUGUAAAUGGAGCACUCCUCAUUUGGAUUCAUUCUUCCCUGCCGUUUUUUGAUCUUCCUCAUGAAAGAUUUAAUGAAUGUGAAUAUUUUCUCUGCACAAUAAACUUUAUAUGUAAAA